UACUGAAUUAAACUUUUCACCAAAAGUAUUUCAUCUUUUCAAUUUUUUUUGUUAUCUAUUAAAAGAUUUAAAAUUUGUUCUUUUCUAAAUUCCAUUAAGCAUUUGUUUUGAUUGUUACACUAUGUUGCGAUGAAUCUGUUCAAUUGGAACUAUGACUAGGUAGAAACUAAAAUUAUGGCGCAUAUAUGUGGAUAACCCUUAUAAUUUCGUCUCAACCAUCUAAUCAUUUUUUUUUCAAAAACAAAACUAUGUAAAUCUUUUAUUUAAAAAUCCUUAAUUAUCUAAAAGUAGAAAACUAAAUUCAGAGACACUAAACUACCCGUUUACCCCUCCAACUCUAAUCCUCGUGGAUUUGGUCUUUCGUUAUCCAUUAAUCCAAAAAUAGAUUAAGAACAGGCAAAUGAAUAUCCUUUUUUUGUUAUUCAAACAAAAUCUUUUUUUGGUCAAAAAGGUGUAAAGUGUAUCAUUUUCCCCGUCACUUAUAUAACAAACCUUCACGAGUUCAAUUCCUACAUCAAAGAAACCAUCAAAAAGAGAUCUCUCCAUCUCAUUAACCUCUUCCUUUAUUUCGUUCACGGCAACGUUCUUAUCUCUACUCACAAGAAUCCAACACAUCAAUAAAAAGACUCUCUCUCUCUCUCUCCCCUUGAUUUGCUGAAAAGAUCAAAUGGGUUCUUCUGUGGAGCAGUGCAUUUUGGUGACAGGUGGUGCUGGGUUCAUUGGAACGCACACUGUGGUUCAGCUUUUGAAUCAGGGCUUCAAGGUUUCCAUCAUCGACAAUCUUGAUAACUCUGUCCAUGAAGCUGUUCAUAGGGUUCGUGAGCUUGUUGGUCCUGAUCUCUCUUCCAAGCUUGAAUUCAAUCUGGGUGAUUUGAGAAACAAAGGAGACAUUGAGAAACUCUUUUCGAAUCAGAGAUUUGAUGCUGUGAUUCACUUUGCUGGUCUUAAAGCUGUGGGUGAAAGUGUAGCAAACCCUCGUCGUUACUUUGAUAACAACUUAGUUGGAACUAUCAAUCUCUAUGAGACCAUGGCAAAGUACAACUGCAAAAUGAUGGUGUUCUCGUCGUCUGCAACAGUUUAUGGCCAACCAGAAGUAGUCCCUUGUGUGGAAGACUUUGAUUUACAGGCUAUGAAUCCUUAUGGUCGCACUAAGCUGUAUCUUGAAGAGAUAGCUAGAGACAUUCAAGCGGCAGAGCCAGAAUGGAGGAUAAUUCUUCUGAGGUACUUCAAUCCUGUUGGAGCUCACGAGAGCGGAAGGAUCGGAGAAGAUCCAAAGGGCAUACCAAACAAUCUCAUGCCUUAUAUCCAGCAAGUUGCUGUUGGAAGAUUACCUGAGCUCAAUGUGUUUGGACAUGACUAUCCUACACCGGAUGGUAGCGCGGUCAGAGACUACAUUCAUGUGAUGGAUUUAGCAGAUGGACAUGUUGCUGCAUUGAACAAGCUGUUUACUGAUCCAAAGAUUGGUUGUACUGCUUAUAAUCUUGGGACUGGUCAAGGAACUUCUGUCUUGGAAAUGGUUUCUGCUUUCGAAAAAGCUUCUGGCAAGAAAAUCCCAAUGAAGUUGUGUCCAAGAAGAGCUGGAGAUGCAACAGCUGUGUAUGCUUCAACUGAGAGAGCUGAGAAAGAACUCGGAUGGAAGGCAAAAUAUGGAGUGGAUGAGAUGUGCAGAGAUCAGUGGAACUGGGCAAACAACAACCCAUGGGGUUUCCAUGAAAAGCCUUGACCUUCUUCCUCUUUCUCUUAAAGCUUUUCCUUUUUUUUUCUUUCGUCACUCAACAUAAAGAAAAAACAAUAAGAAUUGUAUUGAGCAUUCUUCUUCUGGUUAAUAAGAAUCUACUUUAAACUGUACGA